GCGCGCACAACACACACACACACACUCGCUGCGCAUGCGCCGAGGGGGUAUAAUUGGCGUGCGCGCAAGGGUCAUGCGCCGAGGGUAAUUAUUUCCCCCGUAUUUUGUAUGGGACUUGUUGUGUCCUCUCUAUUCUUAGCAUUAUAAUAAAUGUUCCUUAUUUUGUCGUGCGCGCGUUGCGUGCUGGGUCGACGGAUGACUACGGCGACGGAUCCAGCGCCCAGGAUUCCAGGGCGGCCCGAUGUUCUUCAUUCCCUAAGUAUUCUUGCGGCCUAUCAAAGCCAGAGCGAAGCAAAGAAAAGAGGCGUUCUGGGUGGCCAUGGAUUGUGCAUUGCGUCACCUCUGAAGCCUUCGAACUCCAAUGCUACGCCGAGCCCUGCGUCAUCCGACAUAAUUGAAGUUUUCACCCUCGAAUACAGAUGGCUUGAUGAGGAAUGGUCCGGAAAAACAGUUUCAGAUCCACAGUGGAUAGAUGCUGUUGCAAGAAGCACUUGCCCCACCUUAUGGACUAACCUCGAUGGAUGUGAAGUUUACUGCACACCUCCCGGGAAAAAGACGUUAAAAUUAAAGAAAACCAACCUGGCAAUGAAAGCAUUAGGUCUGAGCCACUCACAAUUGUUGUGGAUCUCCACCAGCUUACUGCAAACCCUGGAUAUGUGAACGAAAGAGAAGAAAAGUAUAAAGGAAAGCGAAUAAAGCUACAACGUGGGUCAAAAGUAUCCAACCAGUCCUUUUUUCCACUGGCGGUGGACGACUACUUCAUGUCUAUAGCAAUAUUGUCUCAAUGGCUUGGCAGUGCCGAUGAAGUAUGUUGGUUGGUUAUUUUUACUGUUAUUCCAUUGCGUGUUCCUUCUGUUAUUUAUUAGAGUAAAAGAGUUGGGGCCUGCAUUGUUUCCAAUGAGUCACUUCGUGUUGUAAGCCUUGGAUACUGCAAAGAAGACAUUCAUGCCGAGUUGAAUGCUCUACUAAAUGCCAAAGUGUCUGGAGUAGACCUGACAAAGUGUUCUCUCUAUACCACCAAACCUCCAUGUCUUAACUGUACCCAAGCCAUUCUGGAGGCUGGCAUCAGAGUCGUGGUAUAUGGUCCAAAGGGAGUCUUGGACCCUGGUGUUUGUGCUCUUAUUUACGGAGCCAAAGCCUGUUUCAAGGAAUAUAAAUGCUAUAUUAGGAUUGACGAUGUUGAAAAGAGGUUUCUGAUAGAUUUGCAUGAAAGUGAUGUCUGUGCCAAAGAAUUUGAUCCACCAGAGAUCUCAAAGCCAGAUGCAGCCCAAUUAACACCAUCGUCUUAACCCUCACAUAGGGAUUUUUUUAUGGCAAUGGCUUU